ACUACCGUUUGCGUAACCGGAAAUAGCUUUACGGAGCGUACACGUUAGAUGAGCUGCAGCUAAAAACCAAAUUAGUUUCUUUAAUCCAUUAUUAAUUUUCCCGAAAAGGAAAUGCCUUCGCUAAAUGGGAAAACAGAUGUCAUAUUUGAGGAAGAUGAUCUGCCUUAUGAAGAGGAGAUCAUCAGGAAUCCCUACUCAGUCAAGUGCUGGAUGCGGUACAUUGAGUUCAAGCACAACGGGCCCAAGUCUAUCCUCAAUAUGAUUUACGAGCGGGCUCUGAAAGAACUGCCUGGCAGUUACAAGCUGUGGUACAAUUACUUGAGAGAAAGACGGAAACAAGUCAAAGGGAAAAGUAUCACCGAACCUGUCUAUGAGGAGGUCAAUAACUGCCAUGAAAGAGCGCUGGUUUUUAUGCAUAAGAUGCCCAGAAUAUGGCUCGAUUACUGCCAGUUCCUGGUGUCUCAGUGUAAGAUCACAAGGAGUCGGCGAACAUUUGACCGGGCGCUCCGAGCUCUUCCUGUCACUCAGCAUCCACGCAUCUGGCCUCUGUAUCUCCGCUUUGUGCGAAACUUGCCCCUGCCCGAGACAGCUAUCCGGGUGUACCGCAGAUAUCUUAAGCUCUCUCCGGAGAAUGCAGAGGAAUACAUAGACUACCUGCGGUCUGUAGGCCGCCUAGAUGAAGCUGCUGUGCGACUAGCAGCUGUUGUGAAUGAUGAAAGCUUUGUGUCCAAAGAGGGAAAAUCGAACUACCAGUUGUGGCAUGAGCUUUGCGACCUGAUCUCCCAGAACCCUGAUAAGGUGAACUCUCUGAAUGUAGGGGCCAUCAUCCGAGGAGGCCUGACUCGCUUCACAGACCAACUUGGCAAACUUUGGUGCUCCUUAGCUGAUUACUAUAUUCGUAGUGGCCACUUUGAGAAGGCGCGAGAUGUGUAUGAGGAGGCCAUCCUUACUGUAGUGACCGUCAGGGAUUUCACGCAAGUUUUUGACAGUUAUGCUCAGUUUGAGGAGAGCAUGAUUGCUGCCAAGAUGGAGACCACCUCUGAGAUGGGGCAGGACGAAGAUGAUGACAUAGAUCUGGAGCUGAGGUUGGCCCGCUUUGAGCAGCUAAUAGCCCGGCGACCACUCCUACUGAACAGUGUGCUGCUGCGCCAGAACCCACAUAACGUCCAUGAGUGGCAUAAGCGGGUGAAGCUGUACGAGGGAAAUCCACGGCAGAUCAUCAACACAUACACUGAGGCAGUGCAGACUGUUGACCCCAUGAAGUCCACAGGGAAACCUCACUCCCUCUGGGUCUCCUUUGCUAAGUUCUAUGAGGAAAAUGAGCAGCUGGAUGACGCUAGAACCAUCUUUGAGAAGGCCACCAAAGUGAACUACAAGCAGGUGGAUGACCUGGCUGGGGUGUGGUGUGAAUACGGAGAGAUGGAGUUACGCCAUGAGAACUAUGAACAGGCACUGCGCAUACUGCGGAAAGCUACAGCCAUCCCAUCCAAGAAAGCUGAGUACUUUGACGCUUCUGAGCCAGUCCAGAACAGAGUCUACAAGUCCUUGAAGGUCUGGUCUAUGUUGGCAGAUUUGGAGGAGAGUCUUGGCACUUUUCAGUCUACAAAGGCGGUGUAUGACCGUAUUAUUGACCUCCGCAUUGCCACGCCUCAGAUCAUCAUCAAUUAUGCCAUGUUCCUGGAGGAGCACAACUACUUUGAGGAGAGCUUCAAAGCAUAUGAGCGGGGCAUUGCGCUUUUCAGGUGGCCAAAUGUGUAUGACAUAUGGAACACCUACCUCACCAAGUUCAUUGACCGAUAUGGGGGCAAGAAGCUGGAGAGAGCUAGAGAUUUAUUUGAACAAGCCUUGGAUGGCUGCCCGGCCAAGUUCGCCAAGACUAUUUAUCUGUUGUAUGCUAAAUUGGAAGAGGAGUAUGGCUUGGCACGACAUGCCAUGGCUGUCUAUGAAAGAGCAACACAGGCCGUGGAGACUGAGGAGAGACAUCACAUGUUCAACAUCUAUAUCAAAAGAGCUGCUGAAAUCUAUGGAGUCACCUACACCAGAGCCAUUUACCAGAAGGCCAUUGAGGUCCUUCCUGAUGAACACUCCAGGGACAUGUGCCUGCGCUUUGCUGACAUGGAGAGUAAACUGGGUGAGAUUGACCGUGCCAGAGCAAUCUACUCCUACUGCUCCCAGAUCUGCGACCCGAGGGUGACCGCGAACUUUUGGCAAACUUGGAAGGAGUUUGAGAUCCGCCAUGGAAAUGAGGACACCAUCAGGGAAAUGCUGAGGAUCAAGCGCAGUGUCCAGGCUACAUACAAUACCCAGGUCAACUUUAUGUCCUCUCAGAUGCUGAAGGCUACUACAAGCUCCACAGGCACUGUGUCAGACCUUGCUCCAGGCCAGAUGGGUGUUGAUGACAUGAAGAUGCUGGAGCAGAAGGCACAACAGCUUGCUGCUGAGGCAGAACAGGACAAACCCAAGCCCAAAGAAAAGAUUCUCUUUGUCAGGAGUGACACUUCUCGCAGCGAGCUGGCUGAGCUUUCCAAACAAGCCAAUCCUGAUGAGAUUGACAUUGACGAUGAUGAUGAGGAUGGAGAUGAUGACGAGCAAGGACCAGAUGAGGUGCAGCUUGAACAGAAGAGUGUCCCCACAGCCGUGUUUGGAGGGCUUAAAGAUGACUGAAUGGGCAAAAAUAGCAGUAGCAAGCAUUUGAUGUACAAAGAUGCCAUCUUUGGAUUGUUGUAGUCACAGACUGUGUUUUUCUAAUUGUGUAAAUUUUCUCUUUUUCACCCCUAUUUUAAUAGAAUGGUUUGUACUCUGAAUAACUGAAUGGUUACAUUUGUGCCUUCUUGGUAUUUUCCCUUUAUGCAUUAGCGUGGCAGUGUAUUUUCUUUAUACAGCACAUAAAUGUCUGAGCCUGUGUUCCAGUAUUGGCCACAUGAUGUCAGUCUUUCUUAGUGUUGUAAGUUUUUUUUUUUCCUUUUCUACCAGCCAGCAAUGAUUUAGUAACACAUCAACUUAAGGUUCUGUGUGCUUUUACUCUAUACUUCAUGACAUCGGUUUGUUAAGGACCAGUGAAAACAUAUUUGGGUCCGCUAUUGAACGGAGUAAUCUUUCUUUGGCAGGGAGGAAGUUGUUCUUCCCUAGAAAAACACAGGGGAGGAGUCUGGUUUCCUCAAGAGGGGAGUACUUGAUUGAAACUGGAGCAGAGCAUUCAGACCUUAUUAUUUACCUGAAAUACACCAUGUGGGUGGCUGUUUUGCAAAACAUGAACUUUUGGAACAAUAUUAAAAUCACACUGUAAUUACACAUGCAUUCCUAUAGAGAUGAAUUUUAAAGCUGACAAAAUGUAGAAUAGAUGCACUUCUAUUUGUGAUGGAUCGGCUUCGUGCUGUUUUACUCUCACCCAAUCACAAGGGUCAGACUGCAGGAGUGGACAAAGUGCAGAUGAGGUCUAUAUUACGUUCUUCCAUAAUUAGAUUAAAAUAGUUUCGAGGUAAUCCUCUUACAAAGUUACUGCAGAGGGGCACUAGCAAACCUUGGAGCUUAGAGCAACAUCAUGUGACAGGGAGGCACUUGGAGAGGCUUGUUGCUGUUGUGGAUGUUACUACUGGGAACAAUACUUAAAACAUAACUGGAACAAAAAUCUUGUGGUGAAAGUUACAAGUGAGGAACAGUUGGAAUAGUUUUCUACUUUAAUAUACUGCAAUGCCAGGGAUUCUUUCUGCUUUUUGAUUAAACUUUGGGCUGCCUUAAAGGUGCCCUGUGUAUAAUUUUCUUUUUUCCAAAUGUCCUUCAGAACAGAAAGGCUAAUGUAUCAGCAGGAAUGUGUGAUGGUUGAUGGUUUAUGCCAGUGAAUUUGACUACAAAAUGACUUUGUGACUCAUGCUGUGUUUUGGAGUAAAAAAUCCCUGCCCACUGGAAUUUCAAAACACUCUGUCUCCUCCCCGAUUUGCAUCUCUGUAAUGGGAGGAGCAAUAGUCAGCACGAGAUAUUUUUGUUUAUCUUUGAGCCAAAAAACAAAAGCAACUGUCCAGGCUGUAUUAUUACAGCAUUUUGUAUCAUGUUAUCUGUUUUUUUGUGAGACAUCUACCCCUUUUUUGUUUUGAAAAUGUCACUACUUGUGUCAAUUCCAGGCUAUUAAAUAUGGUACUAGAGACUUA